ACAAGCUGAGGAGGUUGUUACUACUACCAGGGAGAGAACUAGAACAUGCAGGAUGCCAGUUGUCGAGAGUUGCUGGACUUUGGACACCGCUGGUCUUAAAAUCUGAUUAAAGUGACUUUUAAAAGAUGAGUUAAAAUGGCAUCAUCCAGACCAACAUCCCCUUGUGGAAAGAGACGCCACUCCGGUGCUGAGCCCCAUACUCGCUCACCCUCUCCCCAUCACUCGCCAAGCCCCACUCCAGGCACCUCUCCAAGGGGCAGUGUGACUGAUGACACAUGGGUGGGAAGCCCUGCCACUGCCCUUGGCUCACUCCUCAUUUCUGGAUGCCAGGAACUUGACAUUCCUUCCAAAACCAGGAGGACAACCAGUAGCCACCUUGGCCUCUUGAUCGGUCAGGGAGAGCCUGGUCUGGACACGUACCAGGACUCUCCUGGCGAAGAGGCCCAAGAAAAACCCAACCUUGCUGAGCUUUAUCUUCAAGUGCCUUCCCACUACAGCUGGAAUAAACCUAAACCUGGAAAUGCCCCGUUGUUCAGGGGCUUAUUGCCCCCUCCACUGGACUGGCCUCUGCCCAACCAGUAUGAUCUGAUUGAGUUGAAGUUGGAGGUCCAGCCGAGGUCCUAUCACAGAGCACAUUAUGAGACGGAGGGCAGCAGAGGAUCCAUCAAAGCAACUGCUGGAGGACAUCCUGUUGUCAAAGUAUGUCUUUUCUCAUCACUUUUUUGUUAAUUAGGAUUUGACAGCCUAAUUCGGGUGUGACCAAGUCCAAUCCUCGAGAGCUACUGCCCUGCAGCCUUUACAUGCAUCCCUACUCCAACGUGCCAAGUCAAAAAGCUGACUUCCAUCACCAGCAGAAACUCGGCUCUGCAGAGUCCUGCUAUUCAGCCAUUCAUUUGAUCUGGGUAUGUUGG